GACGAACUCCUCUCUCACGCUCUCUUGACUCCGAAACGCAGAAAUGAAAAACGAAGCAAAUCAACCGGAAGAAGCUUAAAAUUUUAAAGAAGAGAGCAGAGCAGAGCAGAUCGCAUUGCUUGAAGAUCCAGAUAGAAAGCUCUCCGCUUGUCCGAGAAAACGCCGACGCCGAGAUUGGAAGCGUCUCCGGAGCUUCGCUCUGGAUAGUACCGAUCGAACCGUGGCUUCUUCAGGGCCGCAGAACCUCUCUCGAAGGAAACCUUCUUCGUCUACUUCUACGCCGAAAACCCAAUUUUCAGAACCGACUCGAAUUGUAUACAGAGAAUCAGGUCCUUCUCUAUCUGGUCUUCCUUUCUGGCAGCGGACCUGGUUCAUCGUUUUUCUCUUCCUCAUGUCCAUCUCCUUCUUCGCUCUCGCUCUCUUUCUCUUAUUGGGCCUUGAUUUCGAACAGGGCUCUCCUUCUCCCGCUUCGGCGGCCUCCGAAGGUGUUGAGAUUACUUAUGGCACGGUUCUGAAAUUGAUGCAUGAGAGGACGAAAUUUCGUUUGCAUUCACACGAAGUGCCUUACGGUUCGGGCAGCGGCCAGCAGUCGGUUACUGGUUUUCCCAAUGUCGAUGAUUCAAAUAGCUACUGGAUUGUUAAGCCAAUUCCGGGUUCAUCUGCCAAACAAGGUGAUAAAAUUAAGAGUGGAACUAUAAUCCGGUUGCAGCAUAUGAGGACUCGAAAAUGGUUGCAUAGCCACCUGCAUGCAUCUCCAAUUUCGGGCAACCUGGAGGUAAGCUGCUUUGGAGGGGAUAAUGAAUCUGAUACUGGUGAUUACUGGAGACUUGAGAUUGAGGGAAGUGGGAAAACAUGGAAACAAGAUCAAAGGAUCAGGCUUCAACAUGUGGACACCGGUGGCUACCUGCACAGUCACGACAAGAAAUAUUCUCGGAUAGCUGGGGGUCAGCAGGAGGUUUGUGGUGUCCGAGAAAAGCGUCCAGAUAAUGUUUGGUUGGCAGCAGAAGGAGUAUACCUUCCGGUUACUGAAAGCAAAUAGAACUAGUCACCCUGGUUUCAUGUAACAGAACAAAUAGAGAUGGUGAUCUUUCUUCCCUGGUGCUGGUACAUGUCCUCUUCUCAACGUAAAAGCAAAUAUCUGAAGAUUACGUCAUCACUAUGAUAACUUGUUGAUUCAAUGAUCGGCAAAUCUCCAGUUUUCAUCGUAGGGAACUGAUGAUAGCUAUUCUUGUAGGGCUUAAGUCGUGAGUCGUGACCAUCAAGUUCUCUGACUAGAAUCUGACAUAUCUAUUUGCCCAAUAUAUAACAUAAACAAGUUUGGCCUAUAUUCAUGAAUUGCAGAACUGUGAACUUUAUAAACGGACUUGAUCAGAUGUGUCGUUCAUCAGUUGAAACUUCUUUUCUUCUAUUUUGGGCAUCAGAGCAGCUGUAAAUCUUGAACAUUUCUGUGAACAAUUGUGAGCCAUUUGGUCAAUUAACAAGAUUACAUAAGUUCUUACUUA